CCUUCCCCAGUGUGUGUAUGUGUGUGGGGGGGUGGCCUCUACCCUAGAGGCCUUUCAGUUUGCUCAUCAGGGCAAGUCCGCCGUGAGGAGGGUGGGAGUUCCCGCAGCCGUUGACGGUUAGUCUGUCUCAGUAUCCUCAACUGGUCUGGGAAUCCUGAACUUUCUGCCUCCAUCAAGUUCCGGGAUUAGCGGCAUGGAGCACCUUAGUGAUGGAAGAGGAGGAGCAAGGCCUGCUGAUGCAGCCAUGGGCGUGGUUACAACUCGCUGAGAACUCACUGUUGGCCAAGGCUUCUAUCACCAAGCACGGUUAUGCCUUGCUGAUUUCGGAUCUUCAACAGGUGUGGCAUGAACAGGCAGACACUUCGGUGGUCAGCCAGCGAGCUAAGGAACUGAACAAGCGCCUCACAGCUCCCCCUGCAGCUUUUCUCUGUCACCUGGAUGAAGUGCUUCGCCCACUCUUUAAAGAUUCUGCUCACCAGGAUGCUGCUCACCCUGGCAAAGCGACUUUCUCCUGUGAUCGCGGAGAGGAGGUACUGAUUCUGCGAGUGCGAAGCGAGCUCUCCGGUCUCCCCUUCAAUUGGCAUUUCCACUGUAUUCCAGCUAGUUCUUCACUGGUCUUUCAGCAUUUGAUUCAUCCUCUGAUGGGUGUGAGCCUGGCAUUGCAGAGUCAUGUGAGGGAGCUAGCAGCAUUGCUUCGGAUGAAGGACCUUGAGAUCCAGGCCUACCAGGAGAGUGGGGCUGUGCUGAGCCGAAGUCGAUUGAAGACAGAGCCAUUUGAAGAAAAUUCUUUCUUGGAACAGUUUAUGGUAGAGGAGAAGCUAAUUGAGUCACCCAGAGUCUCAGGAUGGAGGUGUGGGCACUCUAGGAAGACAGCACAGUGCAGGGAGAAGAAAUUGCCAGAGGCCUGUGCUGUUGAUGAUGGGAAGCCGUUCGCCAUGAAUCUGCAGAGUCUGUAUGUGGCAGUUACAAAGCAGCAGGCCCAAGCAAGGCAGAAGCAUCAAGGCUCUGGAGAGACUCAGACAUCAGGCAGCACCUCCCCUCGAGGAACUGAUAACCAGCUUCUGAAGCAGCCAGAAGAGCUGGUCUCUCGCUCUCCAACCCUCUCAGAACCUGAAUAUGAGGCCGUGGCUGCCUCAGGCCCCAUGCCUAGAGCCCAGCUUGGAAAGUCCAAGAGGAAGAAGCCCAGGGGACUCUUCAGUUAGCUCGCCAAGUCUCAGCCACCAUGAAGAGAGCAAAACCACUUCCCAGCAUCCCCGGAAAGGAGCUUGUGUGGCAGAGCGUCCCUCAGAGGCCUGAGUUUGUACUGACAGACCGCCUGAAUGGGGACAUCACCAGUGGAAGGAAGCCUGACUCCACCUCAUCGGCACUCCAGAUAUGAGUGACACCAACUCCUUGUGUGGUGGUGUUCUUUCUCUAGAACGAGCACCCUGUGGUGAACUUAGAUACAUGAAGCAAGUUUGCAGAGAGACGCAUGCGCAGCACGCCUGGCCUCCUUUCACGGGGUCUCUCACCAGUCUGACCCGCCCCUUAGAAAACCGCUUCUCCCUCAACACAGAAUAAAAGAUGCUCACACUCCUCA